GUCAGCACGACACACGUGCUGUAGCAGCACGGCCACCACCUCCUUGUGGCCCCUGGCCGCGGCCACAUGGGAGGGCCGUCUGCCCCUCCCGCACAGUGCUCUUGUGCAGCAGGGUGGCAGUGGCCUCGUCCAGCAGCAGGAGGCUCACCACAGCGGCGUGGCCGGCGUGGGCAGCCAGAUGCAGCGCUGAAAGGCCCUCCUGGUUUUUGUCGACACACACACACACACACACACACGCACACAGAGACACAUCGUGUCUCUUUCUCUCUGUGUGUCUCUCCCCUUUGUGUGUGAGUGUGUUACGUCUGUGGUGCUUUCAAGGAGGUGGGGAAUGGUGUGUUUGACGAUGGUGUCGACCAUCGCAGCGUCGCCCUUGUAACACGCCUCAUGGAAGGGCAGCCACCACCUCUGAUUUCACACAGAUUUGUAUUGUGCAUCCUUCUCUCUCUCUCUGUGUGUCUGUGUGGGUGUGGAUGCGACCUUAGUUUUGGUCUGCAGGAGGCGAAUGUCGUUGAGGUCGAUGAGCGAAGCCAUGAGGGCGACACUGCCGCUCUCCGCCGCACAGUGACCGCACGUACGCCCAUACUGCAGGCACACACACACACACACACACACACAGAAACACACAGAAACACAAGGGCAGCAGAUGGCUGUCUCCCUACGUGUAUGUGUUUGUGCAGGGCGAUUGGCUGACCGCAUCCAUGAGCUGGAAGGCCUCCCUGCCGACGCACUGCAGCAGGUCGGCGACGCACUUUGUGUGGCCGCGCAGACACGCCAGGUGCAGAGGGGUCACCUGGCGAGACUGCACACACACAUACACACACAGGGACACCCAUUAAGCUGAUGGAUGGAUGGAUGAAUGGAUGGAUGUGUGUGCGCGUCUUUCGCCUGUGUCACUUGCCUGUGGCUCGGUCUGCUUCCUGGCGAGGUGUGCAGGGUCGGGGCUGACCUGCAGGAUGAUCCUCACUGUAUUGCGGUGGCCGUUGGCCGCCGCAAAGUGCAGCGCCGUGAAGCCCUCGGCAUCGGCACAUUCGAGGAUGUCCACACCGUUCUGCUCGACGAGGGUGUACACCUCCUCGAAGUCGCCCUUGGCUGCUGCACGACACAAACUCUGUGUUGUGUGGACGGACGUCAACACACAGAGGGAGAGAGAGAGAGACACAGAGAGUACAGAAUAGAAUGAGACCCAGCUGCUGCCUUUCUGCGUACUUUGAAGGCUUCCUGCCGCUUCAGCUGCUCUGCACAAGAGCCGAGAGCAUACAAAUAGUAGGAGAGGUCAAGCAGGCUUUUUCUCCUGCCUUCCUGUGUACCUUCAAAGGAGACACCAUUGACCUGAGGCGAGACGAACGUCCACAUCUGCUCGUCGCCCCCAUGAGCUGCUCUCCUCUGUGCUGCUGGCAGUCCAUCCGGCUGCGGGGCGUGCUCAC